UGUGUCUUUAUAUGGAUGACAGCUAACCUUUUACUGAUAGUUGUUUUGAUCUCUCAGAGCCACGCCAACACAAAGGUCAGGUCAGAGGUGAGGGGUGGAGGCCGGAAACCAUGGCGACAGAAAGGAAGUGGAAGAGCGCGUCACGGGAGCAUCCGAUCACCGUUAUGGAGAGGAGGUGGCGUGGCUCACGGACCCAGAGGGCCGACCAGUUACUACUACAUGUUACCCAUGAAGAUUCGAGUGCAAGGACUCAAAGUGGCUCUGAGCUCCAAGAUGGCUCAGGACUACCUUUACAUCGUGGACUCUCUGAACAUCCCCACACCCGACUCUCAGUACCUGCUGGACCUCAUCAAACACAGACACUGGGGAGAGUCCGUGUUAAUCGUCGAUGUAGGUGAAGAGCUUCCUGAAAACAUCCUCCAGGCAACAGCGAGUCUGAAGACGGUGAACAUUAUUCCAGCCAUUGGUCUGAAUGUCCACAGCCUGCUGAAACACGAAGCAGUCGUCCUCACGCUGAAAACCAUCAAGUUCCUGGAGGCCAAGCUGCUUUGGCACGACCAGCGAUACACGGCCCUGUACCCGUUUAAACUGCCCUACUCCGAUUUACCGUAGAAGACAUGAAAUGACCUGUAAUAUAUUCACUGACCACAGUGACACAAACGUUUUCUUUUUUGUUUUAUUAUGUUCAACAGAAAAUGUCAUCAAUAAAUAAUGCCAAAAAAACA